AGACUGGGCAAGGCUUCAAACCACGGUCUAGCAUUAAACGCCGAGCCCAAUGAUAAACCUAACAAACAGACAGGAUCGCACGGGGGGUGGUGACACUGGAAGCGGGAGGGUUUGUGAUUUUAAAAGAGAAUAAAAGUUAUCUUCCCGCUUUCUGUUCCGAGUUUUUUUCUUUUCUAUUUCCUAAUGAUUUCAAAUGGUUUAUGCAUCACCGAUAAUACUUUGUGACCGAAUGGACGUGUUUUAAAGUGCUGGUGUCUGACCACUGCUGGUUAAGCUUUGAUGUGCACGCCGAUCACAGAUCAGAUUACACGGCUUUGAUCGCGACCAUCCCCUGCCUUUGAUCUACGUGCAGAUUUUGUCCUCGAUCUGCUGGUUUGUCUGAGUCGCGCAGGCGAGCCCAGCAGAACAAGAGCAAUGCUUUUGAACCUCGUGCAGAAGUUAGUGGAGAGAAACGUCGAUUUUCCCGACAUACAGUAAACAAGUCGAACUUCUUGAACUAAAUCAAUCUCAUUUUCUGCGUGGAUAAGCUAGACCCACCCCCCACCCACCCAGUGCAGAUCCACAAAUGGCCAGGAGACUCCAGCAUGGUGGGGUGUCUCUGCUGGACCUGCUGAUAGUCUGCUCGCUCCUGGGUCUGGGAACAGCUGAGGAACUACGGGAAUGCAGGGAACAGGAGUACAAGGACCAGUCUGGGAGGUGCAUAGCCUGCAGGCAGUGUGAUGCCGGCCAGGAGCUAUCAAAGGAAUGUGGCUUCGGCUACGGGGAGGAUGCCCAUUGCGUGCCCUGCAGGCCCAACCGCUUCAAAGAGGACCGUGGGCCACAAAAAUGCAAGCCCUGUCUGGACUGUGCCCUCGUCAACCGCUUCCAGAAGAGCAACUGCUCCGGCACCAGCAAUGCCGUAUGCGGGGACUGCAUGCCCGGGUUUUACAGGAAGACUAAGUUAAGCGGAUUUCAAGACAUGGAAUGUGUACCAUGUGGUGACCCUCCACCUCCAUAUGAACCUCACUGCAGCAGUCGGGUCAACCUGGUGCCCAUCCCCUCCACGGUGACCAGCCCCAGGGACAUGGCUCUGGCGGCCGUCAUCUGCAGCGCCCUGGCCACCGUCCUGCUGGCCCUGCUCAUCCUGUGCGUCAUCUACUGCAAGCGGCAGCUGCUGGAGAAGAAGCCCAGCGUAUCAUCAUCAUCCCAGGUGGACUCCUAUAAUGAGGCGGAGCUGUCCUGUUUUGACCGGCGGCGAGUGCAUGAGGCUCCCCACAAACCCUGCUGCCAGUGCCACCAAAGCCUCAGCCACACCUGUGGUCCAGUCCAUUUGAUCCCUUCCCUGUGCUGUGACGAGGCCUGCAGCUUGGACCGCAGCAGGGAGACCAGCCCGUUCCACUCCUUAAGCGACCUGAGCGAAGUACAAUUGAACCAUUUAGAUGGGAGAGUCCCACUGUACCUUGGAGGACUGUCAGAGUCGACAGAGUCCUGGCCACUGAUGCAGAACCUGGACACUGCAGGGAGCCUUGAUCUGUCCCAAUGUGCCCCAGAGCCAAAGGAACGGGACGUUGGCUCCUUAGAAGACAACGAGAUGGAAGGCAGCUGGGGAGAAGAAGCUCCCACACCACAGACCCCAAAGCUUAGUGUCAACCAGAACACAGAAGACCAGCAGCAGCAAGAUCACACACCACCUGUACAGAAUGAGCCCCAGCCAAAGCUACCACAGCCCUGCUCCUGACGAGCAUGACAUGGAUUUAUUUUGCUCGUAUUCCACUCCUGAACCACCCCGGACAUGAAAGCGGCACCAGAGAUCCCAUUUCAGCUAAUGCCGGAUCACGAGCCUUUUCCAAAAAAGUACGGCAGUGCGACCCCACGGUUUUUCCGGCUUGCAUCAGAAGGGACUAUGUAAAUGGUAUGCAAAUAAAAAAAAUAAACGAAUAAAAAAAGAGCAAAGGACAGAGGAAAAGAGACGCGACAGCGAAUGGAAGAUGGCCUACUGGAGAGACCAUCUCUAACACCGCGAUGAAGACCAGCGAUUGUUUAUUUUAUUUCCAGGGCAAACCUUGUAAAGUCAACAGUAAAAGGCAAACACUUUAUAUUCCAUCGCAGUGAGAAGGAAGGUGUUCCUGCAUGAAAAUCCUAAACGCACCUACUGAUAGAGUGGCUUGCCAAGAGAGGGAGGGGAGAAAGGAUAGCCAGCUGGAAUUGAACAGAUAUAGCUGAAAAUGAGCUCCACGCCGAAAUUUCUUAUAGCUUGACUUACCUUUUCAUGGAUGUAUUUGAAUGUGCCUUUUUUUAUGCUGCAGUUUUAUUAAAAGCCAUUAGCUUUUUCUGAAGAGAGAAGAGAAGCUUGACAGACCUUUCAUUUCAAUAUCACGCGCAUUGAAGAGCGAAGUAUAGACAGUACUGAACAAGCGAAGACGACGAAUGUUCGGAAUUGAUAACAGUAUCCAGAUUUUUUUGUGUAGAUAAUGUAAGAUAGUAAUAUAGUUAUUUUUGUAAUGUAGACACAAAUACCAAGCAAAACAAGUAUUUCUGCCUUGUCCUUUAACAUCCUAAUUUGUAGUAGUUGGUACGCACAGCAAACCUUAUGUUACGUCGCAUCAUUAUUCCUGUUUUUUGUAAAUAAACCUUGUAAACAAUA